AUGGCUGUGAAAAGAAAGACGAGCUCCCAGGGCAGAAGGAUGAUGUUUCAGGGUGAUGAAGACACGAUGACGGAGAAGAGUCCCUUCUUCAUGUCCAUUGAAGUCAAGCAUGAAGAAAUCGAUCAUCAGAACGAGAACGUUGCGCCCACGAUCGAGGUUGACGCUCCAAUUGUAGCCCCGACGGGUCUCAGCCGGAUCGCAUUAUCGCCGCGAAGCCCAAAUGCAGGCGCGCGUCAGACGAGACUUCCAGUGAAGUCUGCUCCGCCGCGAGCCAACACAAUUAGCAGCAUAUCGCAAUUCGCAGAGAAGAGUCCGAACGACAAUGCCCCGCCAGCCCGACCCAGAGGACUGUCAAAGUCCACGCCAACCCCGACUUCUGCCAUCGACAUGGCACUCCAUAUCUUUGCUGCGUUUCCACUAGACCACGAGCUGUACAUUGGUGCCGAACGGACUUUCGUGAAAGAAAGAGUAAACGUAAUGCUCGAAAGCUUCCAAAGUGGAUACGAAACACAGGCAUUGUGGGUGGCUGCUCGACUGCGGGAGCGACAAGUUGCAAGAGACCAUAUCGAGAAGGUGAUCGAGCGGCUAAUGGAAGUGGAGGCGACUGAGAUGGCGGACUGGCUGCAGUCGAAAGUGAAAGAUGUGCUGUUGCUGCGUAGCGUGUGCGAGAAAGUCCUUGCGGCUCCAGACAAGGCAGAAUCCUAG